ACGUCACGUCCGGGAAGUCUGGUAGUUUCUGGUAGCUCGGAGUCGGAAGUGAUUUGCAUGUUAUUUGAUAAGAAACAGCUGCAUACGCUGGAUAAGAGGUGAGGGUAGCGUGACUUCUAAGCAACACGACACAAUGGAGGAACAAACUACAGACAUAGAAGUUACCGUCAAAACUUUAGACUCCCAAAGCAGAACCUACACUGUUGGUGCUCAGCUGACGGUGAAAGAGUUCAAGGAACAUAUUGCUCCCUCAGUGGGUAUACCUGUUGACAAACAGAGGCUGAUCUAUCAGGGCAGAGUUCUGCAGGAUGAGAGGACUCUGUCAGACUACAAUGUUGGUGGUAAAGUAAUUCACCUUGUGGAGCGGGCCCCCCCUCCACCCUCGCAGCCUGGUUCAGGGUCAGGUGGCACUUCAGCUGACAGUGGGGCCUCCUCCUCCUCCUCCCAGGGAACAUCUCAAGUGCCUCCACAUGAUCGCAACGCCAACAGCUAUGUCAUGCUCGGCACCUUUAACCUCCCUGUCAACAUCAUGGAUCCUCAGCAGAUACAGAGCAAUGGAUCUGUGAAUGUACACAUUGAUAUGGACCAGCCAGUACAGAGCGAGCCAAGGUUGAGGCUGGUGCUGGCUGAGAACCUGCUGAGGGACAUUAAUGAUGUUAUUCACAGAAUGGAGGGUCGAUCAGGCGAUGCAUCUUCCCAACAAGAGUCCACAUCUGCUGCUGCUCCACCUCCCCCCUCAUCCUCAUCAACCACCUCUACUCCCUCACCUUCUGGCCAACCUAUGGACACCUCCCCUCCUCCAUCUACUCCCCCUCCUCCACCCACAUCUUCAGCACAAUCUGAGGGACCAACACCCCAACCUGGACCCAAUCAUCCAAGCCCAGCUGAGCUUGCAGAGAUGUUGUCUGAGCUACGGAGGGUUGAGGAAAGACUGCAGCCUUUCAUCCAGAGAGCUCAUAGCAUUCUGGAGACAGCCACCACCGCAGAAUACAACAAUAACACAGAAAGAGAGGAGGACCAGCGCACUCUGGUUCUGACGUGGGAGUGUCUUCGUCUCCUUGGUAACGCCCUUGUAGCCCUCAGUGAUCUGCGAUUAAACCUCAUGAGUCCUGUCCCACGACACCUGCAUGUGGUUCGGUCCUUUUCCCACUAUACGACCCCAGUCACCCUGCCUGGAGCUCUGCACCCCCACAUCCCAGUGCAAAUGAACCUGGGUGCCACAGUGACUGUGGCGGCUAACAGCACUGAUGGACAAGCUCCACCUACCCAGGCGGCCAGCCAGUCGGAGCAGGCAGGUCAGGGACAGACCUCCCCCUCACAGACUUCCCCGUCCAAUCAGCAGGCUGGACAGGGACAGGCUGGCCCCCGGGUCAUCAGGAUCAGCCACCAGGCAGUCCCGGUGGUCAUGAUGCAGAUGAACACGGACGGUCCUGGUGUGAGCCCUGCAGCAGGUGGACAGCAAAUUCCUGGACAACCAGGUGCUCUCCCACAAGACUUCAUGCGAAAUCUCAUGCAGCAGAUCAGCCAAUAUGCUGCUGCUGUAGCUACUAGUGCUGCCACAGCCGCUGCCACUGGUCAGCCAGUCCCUCCCCAGCCCACCCCUCCUGGUUACAGCUCCACAGCCACCUCCUCAACCACCACCACAGGUCCAAACACACCAACCACCACCCCUACUGCUCCCCCACCACCUCCGCACACCGGCCCUCAGCCACAGGCCCGGGUUGUGUUCACCCGUCCCCCCUUUGCACCCAACAUGGCCCCUCCACCCUUUGGUGCACGAGGAACCACCAUCAAUGUGAGGGCUGCUAUGCCGGGUCAGCAGCCAGGGCAGGCUUUCAAUCCAGCGGCCCUCAACCAGAUGAUCAGUGGACUGGUUGGACAGCUGCUGCUGCCAGGACAAAUGGCUGGUCAACCUGCCACAUCUUCCUCCUCCACUUCCUCCUCUUCCUCUUCCUCCUCCUCUUCAUUUUCCUCUACGUCUUCAUCUUCUUCUUCCUCCUCCUUUUCUUUCUCCACCUCGGGUCCAUCACCAACAUCAAAUACUACUCCUCCACCGAGCCAGCCCGAGGCCAACCCUGGUGAGCCUCAGUCUCAGGAGAUGCCCCCAGACCUCGGCCAGCUCCUGGGCUCCCUCCUAGGGGUCGCAGGUGGAGCCGGGGCGGGCCCUAUGGGGGCCCCUUCCAUCACAGUCACUACAUCUGGAGUCCCAGCCUUCAUCCAGGGAGUGACAGACUUCAUGCAGCAGGCCUCCCAGCCCAUCUUCACUCCUCCACCUCCUCCCUCCAGCACAACUCCUGGUGCUCCUGCAGGUUCUGCCCCUACACAGAAUGCCCCAGGAGCGGCCGAAGCCCUAAACCCCGAACUGUUCACAGGCAUCGUCCGUGGCGUCCUCAGCACCAUGAUGGGCUCAUUGGGUCAGGCCCAGAGCGACACAGAGAGCAUUGCUCAGUUCAUGCAGAGACUGUCCCAAGCAACCAACAUCUUCAUCAGUCCUGAGGAUCCAACUGGGUUUUUUGGAGAGCUACUGAUGUUGGUUUGCCAGACGUUCACCAUGUCAGACCUGGUGAUGCUGCUUCACGGGCAGCACCAGCCUUUAGGUCGCAUCCAGCCACAACUAGCCCAGUUCUUCAGGCAGAACUACCUCAACGGCAGAGAGCCCACAGACCAGAACAUCGCUGCUGCUGCUGAAAAUCUUGUCAAUGAACUUGAGGAGUACAUCACUGAGAGCUUUAGAGAGUCUUCAGUCACAGUGUUGGAGGGUGUCGACAUCACACAGACCAACAUGUCGUUCUUCAGACAGCAGCUGAUGCACAUCGCCACACAUAUUCUCCGUUGCACAGAUGACACAUUUGGGCCUCGGCUGCUGCAGAUGUGUAACCAGGCUUUGUUUGAAUGUCUGGCCCUUAACCUUUACUGCCUGAGAGGAGACCAGAGAGCCCUGACUGCCGUCAUCAACCACAGAAUACGGAGGAUGUCGAGCGACAUCAGUCCCAGUCUGGUCAACUGGAUGACCAGCAUGAUGACAAUGAGGCUGCAGGUCAUUCUUGAGCACAUCCCAGUGACACUGGACCAAGUCCAGAAUUACAUCGUCCACACACAGAGAGAUCAGUCUUCUGCAGCUGGUGCACAGGAGCCUGAACAGGCCCCCAGUGCCACGGUUGACGACAGCCUCUCACCAGCUGCAGGCACUACGGCCGAGGAGGCCAUGUCUGUGUCACAGGACACGAGGCCGUCGUCACGGGAACCAAGGGUGUUGCCUGGGGACCUGGGAGCUUCAGGAGGAGCUGCACCAUUAGGUGGCGACAAGGCGGCAGCAGGGGCCGAAGGAGGGAGAGACGACUCAGCUGGAGAGAACGAGGCCUGGGCUGCUGCUGUUCCUCCUGAGUGGGUGCCCAUCAUCAGAUGUGAUAUGAUGACCCAAAGGAAGAUGAAGGCUCAGCCUCCACUGUCCGAUGCUUAUUUGCACGGGAUGCCCGCCAAACGCAGAAAGACCGGACAGGGCAGCGGGAGCCUCCUCUCUCUCUCAGAUGCAGUGAGUCAGGCGGCCAGGACAGCAGGAGUGAGGCCCAUCACCUCCCCAGAACAACUGCACGACGAGCUGGAGACCACAGAGCUGAGGGAGGCUUACGCAGAACAGGUGAAAGCAGACAUAAAGAAACGAGUGAGAGAAGACCCGGACUUCAACUCUCAGCAGUUUCCAAACUCACACAGAGCCUUUUCAUCAGACUCAUAAUCUGAACGAGCUGAUACUAAACCUGCAAAGCACCUGCUUGUCUCCAUGUCCGCCUACUUUUACUUUUUUGGGAUUUUCAUUUGUAACCAAUCAGUCGAGCUUUACCUCUGAAAUUGUUCGUUAGCACCUUUGUCUCCCUCUGGAUAAUGUGGCCACUUUUCCUAGUGCCUAUUUAUUGCUUUUCUUUUAGUUUGGUCCAGCUUUGCGGACAGAAGGCCACAUUUUAAGGUCAUUCAUCAGUCUGAGGUUUGACUCACUCUGGUCACUUUAAGCCUGUCUAUACGUCCAUUUACAGUCUGUCUGUUUCGCCUUCUUAUCCUUAUGUUGCUUUGUUAAUAUUGCGCCUGAUUUGUCAUUAUUUAGUGGAGUUUUGCCUUUCCCACAACGCUCGAGUGUAGGAGUAAAAUUUCAUGUAAUGAAAACGCUGUUUGGUACAUGAAUGUACAGUAAGCUUAAUAAAAAUCUUGAUACACUAGAA